UGCACCCUCUUCCGGUUCCGGCGCGCAGCGCACGGCGGGAAGCAGGCGGAGGCCAUUAGCGGUGAGCGCAGGCCCGGGCCGAACCGCCGGUGUGGAGCCACAGCCCUGCAAGCAUGUCCAUCGGAGUGCCCAUUAAGGUCCUGCACGAGGCCGAAGGCCACAUCGUGACCUGUGAGACCAACACGGGAGAAGUCUACCGAGGCAAGCUCAUCGAGGCUGAGGACAACAUGAACUGCCAGAUGUCCAACAUAACGGUGACGUACCGGGACGGCCGCGUGGCACAGCUGGAGCAGGUGUACAUCAGAGGCAGCAAGAUUCGCUUCCUCAUCUUACCAGACAUGCUGAAGAAUGCUCCCAUGCUGAAGAGCAUGAAGAAUAAAAACCAGGGCUCUGGAGCUGGCCGAGGAAAAGCAGCUAUCCUCAAAGCCCAGGUGGCUGCCAGGGGCAGAGGCCGUGGGAUGGGCCGUGGCAACAUCUUCCAGAAGCGAAGAUAAUUCGGAUCUUGACCAAGAAUUAGCAGAGCACCUCGAAGAUCUGGAUAGCAUGUUCUAAAGUCAUGCUAGCUGCAGCAGAACAGAGACAGCUUCCUGAGGAACAAAGGGCUCUGUUCUUUCCUCUGGUGGACUUGCAGUAGAUAGAGGUCCAUCUUCAGAGCUGUGCAUUGAGCUUGUGUUUGUGCAUUUCUUACCUUUCCUUUUGGAUAGAAAGAGAACCUUUUGAUAGGAGCACAGCUUUGAUCCUUAACUCUGUGUUUGCAGUGACAAACUGAGUUUUUCUCUCUGCCUGGGCAAAGAAGACAGGCUACAACAAAGCAGGCAUUUUCAAGGUGAAUGUGAAACGUUGCACAAAGCUGAAAGGUAGUUCAGAUGGGUAAGAAAAGCCUUCUAAAUGGUUCCUCAUGAGAUGCAGCUCCACACAAAUGCUGAUCUUCUGGACAAAGCUUAGGGUCAGCUUCAGCUUUUGGUCUCUGCACACAGCUGCCCUGCCAGGCCUCAUGUCUGAGUGUCAGCCUUGUGCACCUACUCACACCCUUGCAUACCAUCACUUGCCAGGCUGUGCACGUACACAGGGGCUGGGCUUCUCUGCUCUGAGGCCAUGGAGACUCCCUUGUGCAGCCAGAGAAGUUGAACUCCUGUAUUCGUUUGCUGAAUUGUCUGUAAAUAAAGCUGCAUUUGGUCCUGCCUCGCUAGAA